UAACGGGCAUACUGAGCACAAAAUCUCCUACUGAUUUUUCUUGUCUCAUCUUUAAAGAGAUAGGGUGACUAAAAUUGGGAAGAAUUAUGUAGUAAGUAAGAAAAAGAGAAGCUCCCUUAUAAGCUUAUUAACAAUAUUUUACUCUUAUUUGAUCCUCUAAGCAAUGCUGCAAACCCCACUCAAAUUAUCUAAGCAAUCAUGCUUAUAGAGAGAAAGAGAAGCAGUUGAGAAUAUAGAGAGAAAGAGGAGUUGCAGAAAUGUUGUUAACAAACACCUUACUGGAAAACACAAAGAAGUUCUUCACCAAAACUUUCCGAACAUUCAAAUCCUUCGUCUCCAGCAGUGGAGGAAGAAAACAAUACCAAAAGCUACCCAAAAACUCUACUACCUGCACAACUAUUCAAGGCGAUGAAGACGAUAAUCAUGCGAAAGGUACCCAUCAUCGUUCGAAAUCAUUAGUUAUCGAUGAUAAAGAGAACUACUCAUCAUCAAUCAUCAAGACGGCGCCUAAUGAUCAGGAGAUAGUGUUGUCAUCGGCACCUGCCAAUAUUGCAACUACUAGCAGCAGUCAGGGAGUGAAUAAGAGGAGAGUACUUCAAGGAGAAGAUGAAAAUGGGUACGAGAGGUUUUCAAAAGAUAAGAAGUUGGAGAUAAAACAGAAGAUGAUAAAGAAAUUAGGAUUGGCGGAUAAGGAAAUGAUAGUGAUGAGAAAUGAUCAUAAAGAAUAUGUGAUGGACGUUCAAGAAAUGCUUCACUACUAUUCUCAUAUUACAUGUCCUAGUUACUUGGAUAUUCUUGAUAAGUUUUUGAUGGAAUUGACGUAUAACUCUGAAUAUCAUCAGCAUCAUGCAUCAUCCAUGCAUCCUAAAAAAGACUACUAGCUUAACAUGUCUGAAUUCAUCAAUGAGAGUGUCAAAUAACAUCAAUUCCAUUAGAGAUUAAUUAUUGAGUUUGUAUACGAUGCCGCAUUGCACCCACUGAUUUUUUUUUCUUUUUUUUACUUUAUGCUUUUCAUGUCUAAACUCAUCUAAUGUGAUUGUUGUUGAUUUCGGUUUGAUUCUGGUGUGUACUUAAUACAUACUAAAAUAUAGAGUGGUUUGCCAUAUAUUAGCCGAUAAUUGAUGUAUUUUACCCUUAAAUAAGAAUAUAUUGCUUGUCAUAUUCCA